UUUGUUGGCGAAAUUCCGAGAGGGCACUGCCAGUGGUGGUUGGUUAACGGAUGCGGAUUCUGUGGUGCGGAAUCGAGCUGCUGUGGUAUUGGGCUUCUCUGUCUCUGCCCAUGGUGGGGCAGUUGGCAGUAAAAUAGACAUUAAUCCUGAGCUUCAAAACUGUGCGGGAUUUGCGGCUCUGGAACACCUGAUGGCUGCUCAUGCGGACAAAACACAUGCAUACUUGGCUAUGCUAGCUAUACUUGUUGGACAGCCUGUGAAAGAACUUCGAUUUUGUGAGAGUUUCAAUGUCGACCAGAUAUGGACACAUGUUUUUGGUCUAGCGCUUAAUAGUUCGGUAUAUGAAGCAAUUAGAUCGGCAGAAUUUUGCUAUGAUGCCCUAAUACCACUUUUGGCGAUGAUCAGAGCUUCCAUCUACUCAGGGAAUGAAUCUCUUCAAGGAUGGCAUAUUGGACUAUCCAUCAGCUGUUGUGCAAAUGAUUACAUUCCUGUAUCAGAACUCUCCCAACUUUUUUUCAAUUGCUCACUCGGAGGAAUUCGUGCUCGCAAUGUUUUCCAGUCUAAUCCAGGUAGACGCCUUUGA